AUCCUGCCACCAAGAACUUGGAAAUGAAGGACACCAUGUCUUUGGUUGGUGCUUACUACAGUGGGAAGUCAGUCCUUGUUACAGGAGCAACGGGGUUUAUGGGGAAAGUCCUGGUCGAGAAGCUUCUCCGGUCUUGCCACGACGUGAAAACCAUCUACAUUUGUGCGCGGGCCAAAGGUGGACGUUCCAUGCAAACCAGAGUGGAGAAUCUGCUGCAAUGCAAGGUGUUUGAUAGAGUCCGGGAAGAGUGGCCCAAUUUCCAUGAGAAGAUUAAGCCCAUCAGUGCUGAGUUCACCCAGCCAAACCUGGCUAUCCCUUCCGAAGACAUGGAGGAGCUGCUCUCUGAGGUCAACGUGAUCUUCCAUUGUGCAGCCACAGUUCGGUUCGAUGAGCCCCUGAAGGCUGGAUUGACAACUUCAAUGGUACGAGCGGCCUCCUUGUCGCAGGUGCAAAAGGGAUUUUACGGAGUAUAAAAUGCAAUCCAGCUGCCGUAGCUGAUAUUAUCCCAGUAGACCUCGCUAUCAACUUAACCAUCUCCGCUGGCUGGUACACUGCAGUUCACAGGCCCAAAUCGCCACUGAUCUACAACUGUACCUCAGGUUCCCUCAACCCGUUGUCAUGGGAUGAAUUGCAAAUUAAGGCAACAAAUAUGUAUAAAAAAUAUCCAGUGGAGAAACCUUUCAGAAUACCAAAGGCCAACGUAACCUCAAGCUACCUCCUCCAUCAUUACUGGACAUUUGUCUAUCACACCAUCCCUGCUUUUCUCUGGGACCUGCAUCUGCGGCUGCUAGGAAAGAAGCCACG